UCUCUUUUGAAGAAUAAGGCUGAAAAAGACAUAAAAAAUGAAAGCUGUAUCGCAAUUACUCUUCAUCCGUAAUUUUGAUCGUGUGAAACGUAACGCAGAUCGUGUAAUAAUCGACAGACACCUUUGCUAAAUAUCCACGGAAUAAAAGGAAAUAAUCGUGAAUGUCGUUCAGAUGUAGACCGUUGUAAAUGUGAAUGUGAGCUCAUUUGUGUUCAACGAUGAAUGAGAGGUUUUAGAGUGCUUAUGUUUGGGUGGCGAUCAGAAAAAAAAAUCCAAGGCGAGACAAAAAAAGAAACAUAACGGAGGUCAAGGAAUUAACAAAGCAUAUUUGUGUGCACACUUUCGAGGAAAAUCGUGGAACUGAUGAUUAAGACCAUGAGUGGCCAAAAAUAAAGCGAUAUUUAGAAAAUCAGCAAGUGUGCGAUAAUUUUUGUUGUAGUCUGCUGGCAAAAAGUUUUUUUUGUGGAAAAUACCCUUUGGUUUAUUUUCUCGCAGGGUUAAUACAGAUAAGUAGCACACAAAUAAUGACAUCAGCAGUCAAACAUUUUGAUGCAAAAAAUAUCCACUGCUUGCUCUUGUGAUAAUUAUCAGCUAGUUUUGUAUUGUUAUCAUGGAUCCAAUCGAAGAUAUGGAGUGCAAUAUAGCUCAAGAUCUCAACACUAAAUCAGUUCCAAAGGAGCCUGAAAUGGAACCUGAAAAAGUGGAUCUUAGCCCAGAAAAUUCGAAAAAGAGUGAUAAUUCACCUACUGACGAUCAGAUAUCCAAGCAAAAGACGUCUGACGAAGCGGACGGAGGUGAAGAAAAAGUGCAAUAUAGUAACUGUAAUCUGCACAGCGGAAUCAACGAAUGUGUAAAUAAAAGUAUGUCAUUGCGAGAAGUUAAAGAAAAAAAGCGCUGUGCAAGCGAAGAUCCGGAAGUAAGAAAUGCGUUAGCUUUCACAAUUGAUUUUGGCGAAGGCCGAAAAUCAGUGGAUGUUCAACGCCACGAAAAAAUGCUCGAACGUUUUCAAAAUCGACAUAAACGAGGAGUUUCAUUAUCAAAAUUAGAAACCAAUCCACUUCCAUCAGUGGGUAAAAUAAGUUCUCCCCAAAGUGUGAACCUACCUAGAAAACUAAAAAAUAACUCAUCGGAAACGCCAACUGCAGAAGUAAAACUGCGUGAUAAAAACAGAUCAUUGAAGGAUUCGUCUAAAAAUCGACACAGUUGGAGUCCGAGGACCAGUAUGUCAGAAGCAGCAGCUAGUGAAACAUCAAAACAAUGUAAACCAAGCAAAUUUACCCCAAAAUCCAACACUCUACAAAUGGCAUUUGAAAAUCCGAUUGCAGUGAAAGACUAUUGCUCAAGUUCAGAGAUCAAUGCAGAAAGUUUAGAUUCCUCAAUUGGUUUACCAUGUAUCGAACCCCCAUUGAAAAACUUUAAAUCUGACGAUAAUGAUGAUAGUAUAAGUGAAGCUGGAACAUACACUCUAGAUGGAGACAAUUAUACAGAAGAGCAAAAAGAGCGCAUGAAUAUUGACAAGAUACCAGCAAUAAGUGAAGCUGGUUCGAAGCAUUAUCAAAAAUCAGAGUAUAGAGAUAAAACUCCUCAGCGGCCAACUAACUUUCAAGAUGACUUAGAAGUAAUAGAUCUAACAGAACAACCUAGCUCAUACAAGCCUGCCGAUGACAAGAAGAUGAAUAAUGUUUUGGAAGUAAGUUACUUCCAUGAUCAAUCGGCAGUUCAUCCUAUAAAACAAAAACAGUCGUAUUUAGAGAAGUUGAAAUCUCGGGUGAAGAACAUAACACACAAGGCUAGAUCACCUGAAAAGCAAAUUCAGCAACAUCAAAUGAAUUCACCAGAUCAAGGAACGUUUACUUCGGUGACUACAAGUGGGAUACUGAGUGUGAAACCAUGUCUGGAAGAUCACCCACGGAUGCAUAGACGAAACAGCUUAACCAAGUCGUAUGUUGACAGUUCUGAAUACGUACAAGGAGUGGCAAAGCUAAAUAUCCUGUCGAAGGGUGAAGCCAAGAUAUUAAACUGCUACACUGACACUGAAAAGGCAUCUGGAAUUCAAGAAUUGAGUGGUACUUAUGAUAGUUCAAGGCGAAAAACUGGAUCUGAUGCUUCUGUCAUUAGUUCCGCUGUUAGCAAAAAAGACUGGAUUCAAGAAUGGGCCAAAACAGCACGCGAAUAUUCGAAAAGUCCUGCAGUUGGUACCAGUACUGCUUCAAGCUCUCAAAUGACAAGAAGCUACGAUUUUGAGAACAGAAACCAGUUUGGCUAUGAUUUCGAUAUCGAUAUGACGAAAAGUGAUUAUUAUGAUGCUAAAAAGUACGAAGAAUUUGGCGAUAAUUUGGAUCGGCAUAAAUUUCAUCGCAAGCAGUUAGACCAUAUUAUUAACAACAACAGCAGCAGCAGUGAUCCCACUAUGAGACCAAACUUUGGUAACGAAAAUAACAGCUAUAAUGAGUUUACACGCCAAGGAAGUAUUCGUCAGAAUUCGAGGUCUAAUGCGUCAAAACCACCUAUGAGUCCAAGUAAAAUUCCUUCCCCUAUUGGAUCAGUUGGUAGAGCUAGAAGUGUCAGCAGAAAUCGUAGUCUUCAAGGAAGUAACUCGGAUUUGUCAACGAAUGAGACUGAAAUGUAUUUGCAAAAAACUGCAGCUGCUAUAUCCACGUUACAAAACAUUCACAGACGGAAUUCUAUACGAAGCACAACGCAGCACAAUUCGUCUCACUCUAGUCCUUUAAGUCCUGCAUCUCGUCGAAUGUCGCCGAAGAUAUCUCCAAUGAAUUCGUUCCAAGCACCAGUCCAUAAUCUUUACAACGACAAGUCACAUUGCAUGGAAGGUGCACUACUCUCACCUCAACAUCAACAAAUACGAAACAUUAAACAGCAGCAGCAAAUUCAUCAGCAAAGUUCGUUAAACCACAAAAGAAACUUAUCACUAGAUGAUUCCGACUCAUAUAUAAACGUACUAUCGUCCUUAGAAUAUGGUAAUCAAAUGUCAAAUAGUCUCAACACUGACAACGCGAAUGCAAUAUUAGAUUUUAAAAAGCAACAUACCAGACACAAUUCGUUUGAAGGAAUGUCUACGCUUCCACCGAAACCGGUGAAAUGUUUCCAAAACUUUGAUCAAGCAACAGCUUAUUAUAGUGUAAGAUCGAAUAAUGAGUCCAUCAUGUGUGAUGACGAUGAAAACGAGCAAAAUGACGAGAAUUUACUGACUCUAACAACACGUGUUAAAGGAUUGUCCUUGAGCACAAUGAAACCAAACGAACAACGAGUAACUGGAAAUCAGAAAAUGAUCACACCGACAGUUGGAAAACCCUCAGUAAAUACGAUAAAACCGACAGCAGCGUCGACGAGCAGAACUUCCAUGGCUAAAACAUCAUCAGCUCAAAUGUCUUCUCCGAUUAAAAGGUCAAGUUCAUUCUCUGUAAAAGCGAUGAAACCAACUACUCCCACAAUGACUCCAAAGCUAGGAUCAAGACCUUCGAUGUCAAACACAAAGAUUCAAAAAUCCGCUAGCAGUACUAGUUUCAAAAAGAUUGUGGCAAAUUUCAAAGAUGAUGAAGACGAUUUUUACAUCAACAAUGAUGAUGAUUUGGAAUUAAAUCCAGAAUAUUCAUCAAACUCUGAGUUUAGCGACAGAGAUGAUGAUACUGAGGAAACGGAGAAAGAGCCUAUUACAAAUACUCGCUACAAUAAAACUUUCCUAAUGCGGAUGGAACAAAACAAAAAGCUCAGUGCCGGAGGGAAACAAGGGGUAGCAGCAUGUCCAAAUACUCCAGAGUUGCCACGGCGGACACUUCAAAUCAAAGGGGCAACGCGCGAUCGUGCGUCUAUGCCACGAGACUCCAGUCUCAACCGCAUGAAACAAGAUUUGAACAUUUCGCGAAAAUCAGUGAGUAAGGAGUUAGCGUCAUUCAAAGAACCAACAUCGGCUGGUAAACAAAAAGUGCAACCGAAAUACUUGGAUAUUUCAAAAUACAAGACGCCGGCUGCAAGUAAUUUUCUCAAGAAGGAUGAAUCUAAAAGCUAUUUAGCUAAAACAGAAGUCAAGAAAAGCCCUAGUAGUGCUUCUAUUGCGUUGGGCCGUACAGAGCACAAUAGAAUGAGUACGAGAAGUGUAAAAUCAGCUGGAGCUAAGCUUCCAAAUGCGAAAAAAGAAGCCCAACGUAAUUCAAAAGAACAAGAGUUGGAAAUGUGGCGACGACGAGCAAGUUAUGAUCCUAUGAAGGCCGCUCAAGAAGGAAAACGAAAACAGGAGGAGGCAAAACGGACAAGUCGCCAGCCUCAACCACAAGCUGAACGUCCAAGUAAUUUCAACGAAAGCUCCGUUUUAAGAUCAAAAUCGUACCACUGUGGCGUGGGAAUGGCCCACUCGCAAGCUGAAAAUAUUGGAGGCAGUAACGCUAAAAAUAGAGGUGCUAUUGAUCAUGCAGAUAUGUCCUACCGCAACAACCAACCGAAUAAUCGUUGGACGUUCACUUCUACGGAGUCAAGUGAAGAAUAUGACGAUGAAUAUGUUAACUAAAAAAAGUAGCUGUUGUUGUUUUGAGAAUGUGUUUGUUUUUAUACAUUAUUUGUAAAGUACAACAAUUUUGCUAAAAGAUGUGGGCUGAAAAGCUUUGUAACUUUGUAAAAAACAUCUAUUUUUGUUAUUUAGGCUCAAUUUCAGAGUUCAUAACAAUUGUUAAAAAGGGAUUUUUAUGAGUUGAAACAAUUGUUUAAAUAAAUGUGAUAAUUUGAAUAAUUUGAACAAUUGAACAAUGUUGCGAUAAGCACAUAUUUGGCUACGAAAAGGUCACUUCAUGAAAUACAAAAAAAAAAACAUUGUCAUAACAUAUGCAACAGUCAUAUUUCUCCCCAGUUUUCCAUACAAAGGAUGAUUAUCUGUUUGUUCUAAUCGCAAAGGUGUUCGAUGCCUCAAUUUUUUGCAAAUCUGUUGUACAUUUAUUCUUAGUUAAUAGUUUAAUUUAGUUAUAAGUGGCAUAUAAUGCAAAAGAUACACAUUUUCUGAAUUCGUUUCUGUUUAUGUAUUAUUAAAAUAACUUUAUUUAAUAAAGGUUGAUUAAUUAUUAGUAAAAGAAAAUCAAUAUUGUCAAAAGUUUAUAGAUACAAUGCAAAUUUGUAGUACUCAAAAUCAAAAUGAUUGUUUUUUUCAAGACACGUAUAACAAAUCGAUACUUUAUUGUUUUGUCAUAUAUUUCAUCUCAGAGCACGGUGUUAAUUGAAAUGAUUUUUUUUUCGGAAUAAUUUGCUGCAUACGUUAGACUAGUGCAUAAAAUAUUACAAAAAGGAGAAAAAACAACCAAUGACCCAUGAACCUACACAAACACACAUAUAGAAAAACUUCAAUGCAAUUUUUAUUUACUCUUUGUUUUGAUUGUAAUAAAUAAUAAUAUGCAGUAAAAUUGGGAAUUUGGAUUAAAAAAUCCUUGGUCAAAAUAACUCUUUGCAAUGGGGGAAAAAGACGAGUCACGUGUUUUUUUUUCAAUAAAAUUGGGCUAGGUCGGGCAGCAUGAUACAGAAGUUCACAUUAAGAAGUAUUGUGGUUAAACACCCUCUUCGUACAAAGUGUUCACAAAAAUGUCCUAUACGCAACAGCAAGCUGAGGAUAACACAAGGUAAAUUUUUCCCAUCCAAAUGGUCACUUGUUAGGAUUUUUACGUAAAAGUGGGAUUGUAACAAGUUUUCUAGUACUAACUUUAUUUUCUGAUAGUUCGCAUGUAGAAUCAUAUUGAAUCAUCAACUCAAAGGUGAUAAAAAUACUUAUUGAACAUUUAUGUGAACAGGGACAAUUUUAUCCUUAUCAAUUUACUUUUGAUUCUAAUUAUUUUUAGAAGCUCUCUUUUUUCUCCUUAUGAUACUUACGUAAAAUCGUAAAAAAGUUAGUAUCUCGUCUCAAAAAUCUCCGUUAUAAUUUUCAUACAAUCAGCCGAAAGAAAAUUGCACUGUCCAUCAUAUUCGAAGAAAUGAAAAAAUACCGUCAAUUUAACAUAGUUUAUUACAAAAAAAAAUCAAUCCUGUAACAAACUGCUUUUUUAUUUUUUUAUUAGUUUGCGCCAAUGUUUCGUUAAAAUUUGUAUCGUUAUCAUAAAUAAUAUAAAAAUAAGAAUAAUUGUAUUUUAUAUUGAAAGGACAAUUCAAAACCUGGAUGUGUUUGUAAUAAAACAAAACAAAUAUUAAGUUGUGCAAUAAAAAGCUAUUUUUAUUUCAAAAACACAC